CUGGGUUCUUUACGAUGAAUCGGGCGAUGGGCCGUCCACCGUUAAGGUGAUUUCACGACAGGUUAGAGACCUUAUCCCGGUUCUGAGUUCACCUACAGCCGCUGCACACUCCGGCCAGACAUGGAGAAAGUUGUCAUUGUAACCGGCGCCAACAGCGGCAUUGGCCUGGCCCUGUGUGAAAGGCUGCUGACGGAGGACAGCCAGCUUCGGUUGUGUCUAGCCUGCAGAAACAUGCAGCGGGCCGAAGCCGCCCGCUCCGCCCUCCUGACCUCUCACACCGACGCUCAUGUGGACUUACUGCACCUUGAUGUGGGCUCUGUGCAGUCAGUGCUCACUGCUGCUCAGGAGGUCAAGGCCAGAUACAACAGAAUUGACUUUCUGUAUCUAAAUGCAGGAAUUAUGCCCAAUCCACAAGUGAAUGUCAAAGCUUUUUUCAAGGGUCUUUUCUCCAGGAAUGUCGUCAACAUGUUUGCGACAGCAGAGGGUCUCUUAACUCAACAGGACCUCCUCAACUCUGAUGGUCUGCAGGAAGUUUUUGCCACCAACCUGUUCGGUCACUUUCUCCUGAUCAGGGAGCUGGAGCCUCUGCUGUGUGAGACAGGUCACAUGUCCAGAGUAGUGUGGACCUCCUCGAGUAACGCUCGCCGCUCUGCCUUCAGCAUGGAGGACAUCCAGCACAGAAAUGGGACGGAGCCCUACAGCUCCUCCAAGUACGCAUCAGACAUGCUCAGCGUGGCACUCAACAGACACAAGAACAGCCAGGGGCUGUUCUCCUCUGUAGUCUGUCCAGGACUGGUGAUGACUAAUCUGACCUACGGUAUCCUCCCCUCCUGCUUCUGGACUCUCAUCAUGCCCAUCAUGUGGCUGAUUCGGAUCUUCACCAACACGUUCACACUUACGGCGUACAACGGAGCAGAGGCGCUGCACUGGCUGUUUCUCCAAAAGCCAGAGUCUCUGGAUCCAAGAUCAAAGUAUCACAGUUUAACAUCAGGACUUGGAACAAACUACACUCAGCCUCGACAGAUGGACAUCGAUGAAGGAAUGUGUGAAGUCUUCUAUUCAAAACUUCUUGAACUUGAGAAAGUAAUCAGGGGGGAAACUGAGAGUAAUGCCGACAAGGCAGCUAAUGGUCUCCGGUAAUGGAAGGUUUUUGCUCUUGUAAAUGAACCAUGUGCAGUUUGUGAUGAAGAACAAUAACAGUGCUCUUAUUAAUUUCAUUUUUGCCAAUUGUACUGUUGAGUUAUGUGUCUUUGUGGGUUUUUUUUUCUGUUUUUCACAUUUUCAUAUUG